GGGAGUGGGGGGCACCCUUGUACCUACUGUCGUGCUACGGUGCGGGGCCCUCCCCCCUGCCCGGGCUGUGUCUGGGGGGCGGGGGGGACUCUCCCACCUCCGUCCCCCUCCCCCUCCGGGCUGUAUCUGUGAGAGGGGCGCUCUCUCCUCCGCGGAUGCGUGUGGACCCCAAUUUUUUUAUCUAAAGCCCUGCAAAUCUGCAGAUAUCCACGGAUCAUUUUUUGCAGAUCUGAUACAAAUUUUGUAUCUGUGCAGGGCUCUAUGGAUGCAUUCAUAACUUUUUUUUUUUUUUGGUAAAGUCGCUAAUGCCCUUUUUCAAGUGCUCAGAGCUAGCAUUUCUUUAUUUACUUCAGUUGAGCUAUGGAGCAAAGAUCCGUGCCCCCCAUGCUCUGGUGAUGACCUUUCUCUUCAAGAGUGGAAGUUUAAGAGAGAAACUGAAAGCGAUUGCUCAGGCCACGUACACUCAUUCCCGAAACCUGGCGUGUUUUGUGUUCACUUACAAGGGGCUGAUGGCACUGCAAUCCCGACUUCAGGGAAAGAACUUCCAGUUGCACUCCUUCGUGGCAGCCUUUGUUGGGGGCUGGUUAGUUUUUGGUGAAAACAAUCAUAUCAACAGCCAGAUAAACAUGUACCUGCUGUCUCGUUUUCUGUUUGGUUUGUCCCGACUGGCAGUGGAGAAAGGUUAUAUCCCAGAACCCAAGCAGGACCCUUUCCCGAUCUUUGCUGCUGUGACUUGGGGGAUUGUUCUGUGGCUCUUUGAAUAUCAUCGGCACACUCUCCAACCUUCUCUGCAGUCUUCCAUGACUUACCUGUAUGACGACAGUAAUGUAUGGCAUGACAUUUCGGACUUCCUCAUUUAUAACAAAAGCAACGCUCAAAAGUAAUUUGCUAAUGCCAGUGAUCUUUGAAUAAUGGCUCAUUCCUGCAACAACGGGGAAAGGAUUUUCUGCUGCCCUUGAUUGACACACUUUUUAUUAUUAGGAUCUGUCAGACAAAUUUCCCACUUGUUUCUUGGCCAAAAUGUUGUGAGUACCCUAAUGAUCUCUUUUUAGCUCUCUGUUGGCCACACAGCAACUCCAUAGAAACCUGUCCCAGUGCCACAACGAGCGCAAAAUGUUCCUGGAUUAAUUUGAUUUCAAAAAGCCUUUUCUACAAGAGACCUUAUGUUCCCUACAUUGUAAUAGUUAAUUACUUUUAAAGAAUGCACUGAUUUUAAACCCUGACAGCUCGAAAGUAAACUGUGAAUAUAGUUUAUAUGAUACUGAAACAAAAUGUGAAGGAAGGGCCUAAUGGAAUGUUUAUGUGCUAGAAAUGCCUCUCACGACCAGUGUUUAGCUGAGGAAGGAAUGCAGUGAUUUCCAGCCAUACCUCUCUAUAUGUUGGGUCUUUUUGUGAGCUGAUAUAUUUAUCUGUCUUCUGCUGUGUCAUGUCAGAAGAAGGUCCUGAUUUUUCUGAAGUAUUGGAAAUCCAGACUAAACAAACUGUUUCUUCAGUGAAUUUGCUGUGCAGUUUGCCACCACGUAGAUAAUAGGAUGUUCGCGUUUAAAAGCAUUGGGCUUCUUUGGGACAGACAUGGUACGUCAUGCUUUGAAUCACCAUUUAUAAUCAGUCUUUGUCUUCCCUUUGGAUUAUCUAAUGCAGGAUGUUUCGUUAAUUAUUCCCCCUAUUUAAUUAGAGCACCUUUUUAUUUCUGUGCUUUGGACUAUGAAUUGCAUACAGGAGAGAGAACUAACCAAAUCCAUUGUAAUAAGAUUUUACAAGUGAGGGAUUAAAAAAGGUUGAGCCCAUCGUGUGCAAAUCCAUGAUUUUACUUUCUUAUCGUGUCCCCUGGAAGGAGAAUAUAUAUCAGUGUAAAUUGAAGCUACCAUUGAUCUUAGCCAAAAGAUUGUUAUUUUAUACUGGACCUAGCCAAAAAUACUCCUUUUAUUGUUCAAACUACUAGAUGAUAUACUGAAUACUUGAGUUGGACCAGUGAUCAGUAUUUCACGAUUCAGGCAUUUAUGGUUUGCAAGAAUUAGUGACUAGUUCUGAUAUUUUUCUAUAUAAAAUCUAUCACUCAAAUAAAAAUCACAGUUUCACUUUUUUUUAAUUUCUCAAAUUACAGGCAAAUUCUUGCUGCUUUAAAAUCACUAUCUUCAUCUACAUAGGUGGGUGAUGUCUUUGCUUUGCUUAUGUUUUGUCAGCAGAAUACUGCACUUCAGUUGGAAUUAAAGUGUCUUUGAUAAUGUUCAGAGUUUUUAGUGUAGAAAAAAGAUUGUGUGUUUUGCUAACUCCUUGUGCGAUGAUAUUUUUGAAGAGAUUUCAGAAAAUCUCUUCCAAAUAUAUGACCUGAUAGCUAUGGUAUAAUUGACCAAAAUCUUCAGAAAAAAAUUCUCCGGUUUAUAAAUUACCAUUGGUUACCUCAUUAAUUACAUACACUUGUAAAACAUGACAUGAAGGCCAACCACCUAUGUGAGCCAACUAAAUUUCUGUUGGUGAUAAUUAUAUUAGAUCUGAAACUCCCUAGUUACCUGCCAGACACUUGUAGUUGAGUGUUAAGCUGCUCAAGGAACUGCUUGUUGUAGUUCAGCUGGUCAUUUUUAUGCUCUGGCAUUAUCUCCAUCUCUUUCAUGACUGUAUAACCAAACUCCUGUCAGCUUGAGUUCUAGCGGCAUCCCAGCAGUACCUGCAAAAAUCCCGUCUCCCCAGGAAUCUAUCACUAACUUCACUUCCAUGGUAAAUCAUAUCUGAGACUCAAACCAUCUGCAGCUCCGAUUCACGGAGCCAGCUGCUGCCAUCAGAAACCAAACUGGAAUUACGUAGAACUUGCUGCUGUGGUGAACCAGUGUCCGUUAGCUGUGCUUUUUAAAGACAGUUAUUUCCUGCUCUGUGUGGGUAGGAUAUUAGGCUGCAAGUCUCUCCCUUUUCCAGGGAAGUAAUUGGAACAAUUCUUCAUUGGUACCAGCACACAUCACUCUUACUAAAGCCUGAUAGAUGGCGAUGAAACCCGUAUGCCACUGAUGUGAUAGAACAAUACCAGUGUGUAAUAGGGAAGUGAACUAGAAGUAAUUUGUCUGUCUGUUGCUGACUUCUGAAUGCAUACGUUACAUUCAUCCUCCCCGCCCCGCCCCAAUGUAUUGUCUGGGGAAUUCAGUCUUCUGUUUGUGUUCUUCCUUUUAUUAGCAUUAAACCCAAACAGAAAUAAGGAGAUAGUUGUGAAACCAUCUGCUAAACAGCCAGGCACCCAAGAAUGAGAAAGGGAGACCCUGUUUUUCCAGUCUUGAUCUCUGUAAAUCAAAACACAUGAAAACAGUUCAUGUUUAUCACAAUCCAAAGUUGGAUCAUUGCUUCUAACCAGGGGCUAAAUUAUGUGAGGAACUUACCACCUCACUCACCAAGAUGUCAGGGAAAGCUCAGCACUGUGUGGGAUGAGAUCUUGGUUUGCCAGAACUCCCUUGCAAACAAGGCUGUGCAGUGGCAGGUUGGUCUAUCUCUGGGAUAUCAGUGUGCAGAACAAAGAGACAGAAGCCAGAGGACAUUUUAAAUGUGAUACUUGAACGCUUUUCAAAGUUGGCUCAAAUCUUCUUCCCCAAAUUGGUUCAAACCAUAAAGGAAACUAAACAUCUGAGCCAUUUAAAUGCUCAGGAAAACCAAAUAUCCUAACAGUACAUGAUUUCUAUGAAGAAUGUUUCCAUUGACCUAGUUACUGUUGCAGGGGGAGGUAGUGUUCCUACACCGAUUGGGAAAAAUCCCUUCCACAUUAGUAUAGGCUGUGUCUACAUUAUGAGGUUAUACCAGAAUAAUUACAGUCCUGGGGUUAUGCCAGUAUAACCCCAUAGUGUAGACAUGGCGUUAAUAUUGCAGAGGGAUGUCUUCAGGGUUUGCAUAUGUGAGUAGGAGAGCAAUCUAAGUGGAUUCAGGAUAUUUGAGUGACUUUAUUCCACUGACCUAGGGCAGAAGGGCAUUUCUGAAGAGGAAAAUCUGUGCUCGUCAAUUGUCACUUUAGAUCUUGCCACUUUAGAGGCAGGAGAGAAUUUUGAGACGUGCUUACAAACAUUGCAAUUGUUGUAACAUGCUGUGUGCAUAGCACGUUGAUAUACUAACUACUAACUAGCAUAUCUAUCCAAAUACUAAAUAUAUACCUAGAGGGCCGGAUCUUCUGGAAUGGCCAAAGACCACAGGUCAGAGGGUGGUGUGGAAAGGAGGCCUGAUGACUGUAGUGCUGUAUGACUAUCCCCUAGCCCUCUGGGUUAGAGCAGACCUCAAACUGCUCUGACAAACUUGAGCCUCGUUGCAGUGGCCACAAGAGGCCAAAAACAGAGCCCAGAAUCAGCAGCCAGGUUCUCUUUUCUCCAGCCACAGCCCUCCAUCAACUCUACACUGCCUGAGAAUCACCCCUACGCUCAAGUGAUCCUUCUGGGCCAAGUAAGCCACCCUCGUGGGAGGCUUACACUGGUAAUGCAGGCAAAGAAGCCCCCUCAGUCCUGAGGAUUUGGCUCAUUGUCUGUAGACUUAAGUCCACUUACUGUCAGCUCCCUUAGUGGAAAUUCCCUCCUAUUAGAAGAAAUGUCUGUUCUCCAGACACAUUUGUACUGACUCAAUACAAAUGUGAUCUUUUAAUAUCAAACAGUAAACUGUUUCCUAUUUGCCAUCUGAAAAGCCCUUUUCCUGGGUCAAGCUGAUGUCUGUGCUAUUUCUAAUAUUGACUUUGAAAUACAGCUAGCAGGAGAAAGCAGAACUUGCUGUGAAUUUUCAGUGCACAUGAUUAUGUGGGUUUGAUAACUAAAAUGAGUGUUCUGUAGCUUGAGGGGCUUUUGCUGUCCAUUUUCUACAUUUGUAUGUCUGCCUUGUAACAUGGGCAAAGGGGAGUCACUAAGUGCAACAGAUGCUGUAACUAGAGAAUUGUUUUUAUGCUUUUCAGUCUAUCUGUGUGUAUUUUUAUUUACAAUUACUGUAUGGGAAACUGUCACACACUGAAACCCUAGCGAAUUUUUUCGUAAUACAGAAUGCUUUAAGCACAUAAUCUCAGGUGAUGCAUUUUAGUUAUACUGGUUAGAGUGCUAAGGGGAAAGUCUUGCUUGUAAAACAAUAGCAUUGCGGUAAAGAAAGAGGUGGCAGUUAGUAGACAUAUCUGUCUCAACUGCCAUAAAACAUCUUUUCCAUCCUAUGGACAAUAUGUCAGUCCUGUGCAGAUAUCCCGUUUGCCUCUUUUGAGCACAGUUUCUAUAUAAUGCGUCUUUGGAGAGGAUAAUGUUUUGCAUUCUUUAGUAAAUAAAUAAAUGAUUGUCCCUCUGUUUUAAA